GCGGCCCCUGGCAACGGGGCGGGCCGCGCCCGACGCCAUGGCGGCCGCCGGCAGCCCCAGCGUCUUCCUGCUGGCGGUCAACGGGCAGAUCGAGAGCGGGCAGUUCCCCGGAUUUGACGACCUGUACUGCAAGUUCUGCUUCGUCUACGGCCAAGACUGGGUUCCCACAGCGGGCCUGGAGGAGGGCAUCUCCCAGAUCACCUCCAAGAGCGACGUCACGCCCACCACACUCGUCUGGAACUUCCCCAUCGACAUUACCUUCAAGAGCACCAACCCGUCUGGCUGGCCGCAGAUUGUAGUGAGCGUCUACGGACCUGACUUCUUUGGAAACGAUGUGGUCAGAGGUUAUGGAGCUGUUCACGUUCCCUUCACACCUGGAAGGCAUACAAGAACCAUCGCUAUGUUUGUUCCAGAGUCUACAUCUACGCUGCAGAAGUUUACAAGCUGGUUCACAGGGAGACGUCCAGAAUUUACUGACCCCAGAGUGGUAGCCCAGGGAGAAGGAAGAGAAGUAACGAGGGUGCGAUCUCAAGGCUUUGUGACCAUUUCCUUCAACGUAGUGACCAAAGAUAUGAAGAAGUUGGGCUACGACGUGAGCCCGAGUGACAUGCAGAGCCCUUCUCUGGUGCCUGUUACAGAAGGGAUUCCCAAGUAUUGAACUCAGGCGGGGGAUGUUCAAAAGCUCACAGAGAAGUUAAGCACUUUGGGGCUUUUUGUGGCAAAGGGAAAUGAGUAUCUGCCUAAACUGGGAACAUUUCACUUGAGACCAUUAUCCCAAAAGAAACACAAGCCCAUGAGGCUUUGGAAUAAUUACCCAAGUAUAAUUCUUGCAGUAAGCAUACCGGUUGAAGUAUUAUGUAAAUUAAUGUAAUCAGAUGAAAGUUCGCAUUUUUAUGAGUAAUAUCAGACUAUCUUAAAAUAAGAUCUGUAACAAAAUAUUUUUAUAACAGCCUUUUGUAUACUCUUUAUAUACUUAAAGAAUAGGAGAGUUUAUAGUUGUAGCAGUUUUCCUGUGUUUAGAAGAUCAUUGCAAACCCAGUUCUUCUUACUAAUGUUUUUUUUUGGUAGAAAUGGGAAAUUGAAAUUAUUGCACCUUCCAAAAAGGAGGGAACAUGGAAAAACUCCAGCGAAAUGCACACACACUUCCCUGUGCCAGGUGCUUCCCUCUGCAAAAGCAACAGCAGUUUUCUUUAUAAUCCCACAUCAUCCUUUAGAGUUUGUGCCACUAAUUAAAAUAGCUCACGCACAGUAGAAACAAACCUUCCCACAUUUUUCUGUGAAGGAACCUGGGCUUUUGCAUUUAGAACAAGAUGAUGACUCUUCCAUUUCCAGGUUUUAUUUCUGCAUCAAUCUUCUGGAAGAAAAAGAAAAGGGCAGCCAGUUUAUUUUAGAGGCGUUAGAGAGACCACGGUGUUAAAACAUAUCCUUGCUGCAUGGUUUUAACUUCCGGUAGAACAAAUUGCAUGGUAAGUGCAGAUAUUGAGUAAAAAAAAAAAAAAAAACUUUAGAGAAAGGCUCGGCAAAGAAAGUAGAGUCUCAGUAAGCCAGCUGCUACGUGUGCAGUCCUCAGCAGCGUUUAGCUCCGCGUCGGGUGCCAGAGACACAGGACAGCGGGGACGUUCUCCUCCCUUCAGCAGGUCCCUCCAGCCAGUACAUAACACAGCGAAUGUACCUCGGCUUUCCUUAGCUGGUUUUCUUAUCAAAAGAAAGGCAGUAGGAAAGCAGCAUAGCGAUGUUCAUGCCUGCCGUACUCAGGUUUUCUUUCCCACUGUGUAACCUCAGAGAAGGACCAAGAAGAUGUUGGUUGUUAUUAGUGUGUGACGGGAGCUCCAAAGCCAAUGAUGUGCUGUCCUUCGAUGGCCGCAGCGUAAGGGCACAGAGCUGGCCUGGGCCUGAAGAGCUUCUCUGAUGUCGUACCAUGGCCUUUUGCUGAAUCCCCCUCUAAGCUAAUGUUAGCGCUCUUCUUUAGGCUGAAUAAACACAGUUUUCUAAAUACAUUGAUUUGUCUUUCUACUGCUAGGGGGUUUAUUUGUUUGUGCCAGAAUGGAUGUUUCUAAGCCCUAAAUCAUCCAGGAUCUGGUAUUCUUACAGGUACAAAAGAGAAAGUAGCGUAUGCUCCAAUGAUAUGACUAAUUGCUUAGUCAUUUUCAUAUUUAAAUUUGGGCAUGUAAUCUCUUGUGUUUGACUGCAAAUACCAAGCGAUGACUGUGAGAACGACUUAACAUGAUGCCACCCUGUAAGUGAACUACCAAGACCUUGAAACUGUAGAAAUACAAGUAAUAACAGACAGUGUUGAACUGCGGAGCCUCCAGGACAUAUCAAACAAAGCGCCCAGUUAGCGAGAGUUACUAUUUCCUGCUGAGCGGUGUGACUGAAUAAAUAUAAUUUCUGAAAAGAUAAUGUGAUCA